GGCUCGGUGCUGACUGGGCGGACUGCGCGUGCGGAUUGCGCGUGCUCGGGGUACGUGGUGCGCGCGCCCGCCCGCCGUCCUUCAGCAACAUCGCUGUGUGUCUCCAUCGACCUGCAGAUUCUUACGGCUUCAAAUGCAUCAUCCUAAUCCCCGGGUUUCCAUGUCGGCCAGCUGACGGAAUCCCGACUUCCUCUCGCGCUUUGUGAGGUUGGCUGGUCUUCUGGAGAAGCUGUUGAGCACUGGAUUUUGGCCGACAUGGCGCAAACCAACAAUGUCAGCCAGAACAGCAACGGAGAGAUGGACGACUCUCCCAACACACUGGUCUAUAGAAAGAUGGAAGACCUGAUAGCCCGGAUGCAGGAUGAGAAGAAUGGCAUCCCAAUCCGCACAGUGAAGAGUUUUCUUUCCAAAAUUCCCAGUGUGUUCUCUGGUUCAGACAUUGUGCAGUGGCUGGUGAAGAACUUGAGCAUUGAGGAUCCGGUGGAGGCUCUGCACCUGGGCACUCUGAUGGCAGCACACGGUUAUUUCUUCCCCAUCUCAGACCACGUGCUUACGCUGAAAGACGACGGAACCUUCUACAGAUUCCAGACGCCGUAUUUCUGGCCUUCGAACUGCUGGGAGCCAGAGAACACAGACUACGCUGUGUACCUCUGCAAACGAACGAUGCAAAACAAAGCUCGUCUGGAGCUGGCCGACUACGAGGCAGAGAGUUUAGCGCGGCUCCAGCGUGCCUUUGCCAGGAAAUGGGAGUUCAUCUUUAUGCAAGCAGAAGCACAAGCUAAAGUCGACAAGAAGAGGGACAAAAUCGAGAGGAAAAUUCUUGACAGUCAGGAGAGAGCAUUCUGGGAUGUGCACAGACCGGUGCCAGGGUGUGUCAACACGACAGAAGUGGACAUCAAAAAGUCCUCCAGAAUGAAGAAUCCUCACAAAACAAGAAAGUCUGUAUACGGCCUUCAGAAUGAUAUCCGCAGUCAUAGCCCCACCCACACACCCGCCCCCGAGGCCAAACAGCCAACCGUGGAGGAGCUUCAGGACCAGAUCAAAUUCUGGCAGGCACAGUUAGACAGACAUCGAUUGAAGAUGUCCAAAGUUGCAGAGGGCUUAUUAGGCUACACAGAACAGUAUGCAGAUUAUGAUCCUUUCCUCUCUACUCCUGACCCCUCAAACCCGUGGAUAUCGGACGACACAACCUUCUGGGAGCUGGAGGCGAGUAAGGAGCCGACACAGAGCAGGGUGAAGCGCUGGGGUUUCAGGAUGGAUGAGGUGCUGAAAGAUCCUGCAGGGAGAGAGCAGUUCCUCAAAUUCCUCGAGUCCGAGUUCAGCUCAGAAAACCUCAGGUUCUGGUUGGCUGUGCAGGAGCUGAAGAAGAGGCCCAUUAGGGAGGUGCCGUCUCGUGUGCAGGAGAUUUGGCAAGAGUUUUUGGCUCCCGGAGCUCCCAGCGCCAUCAACGUCGAUUCCAAGAGCUACGACAAAACCACACAGAACGUCAAGGACCCUGGGCGCUACGCUUUUGAGGACGCACAGGAACAUAUCUAUAAACUAAUGAAGAGUGACUCGUACAGCCGUUUCAUCAGAUCCAGUGCCUACCAGGAGCUCCUGCAGGCCAAAAAGAAGAAAAGUAAGAACUUGUUUUGAAGGACAGCAAUUCUUCCAGGGGAAAUCUCUGGCGUCUAAGAGACUGCCUGCCGUCUGAGCCUCGGCAAACCAACCUGGGACGAGGACUCUGCCCCUUCAUCCCUGCCGUUUGAUUGGUGCGGACACUGAGUUGUUGGCCAAUCACGUGCAUGUUCAACGGACUGAGUUUUUACAUCACUCUAAACUUGCUUUGGUUUCAGCCUCGUACAAGGGGCAAACAAAACAGGCAUGGCAUUUCAGGCUUCCAUAGGACACUUGUGGAAAGGAAGGAUGCCUUGAAUAACAGAACCAAUGUCCAAGUUGUCUUCAUUUCUUUGUCCACAUGUAAACUAUGAAAAUGAUGUCAGAUGCAAAAAUAAAUAAUAAAUACAUAAAUAAAUAAACAUGAUGACCAAUUAAAAAUGUAAAGCCAAACCUUUAAAGAAUAAACACAAGAACACUUUGUACACUUGUUCAGCUGCUUCUAGUCCAAGCGUUUGGAGAUGCAGAGUCGAUGUCAUCGUGGUCACCUUCCAUCUUAUAGGCAUUGAUUUUAUUGCACUAUUAAACAAAUGUGUAGAAAUUUUGCUUGUCACAAUUGUAUGGCCGUGCAGCAGAUGUUCGCUGGCCGUGUCUAUCGUCUGGUCGCUUCAUUUUGUCCACUUCCCUCCUGUGUUUAUUUUUAUACCAUAUUUAAUGACACUUUGACUUGAGAAAUGUAUUAAAGCCAGUCAUUUAUUUGAAA